AUGAUAUUUCCUAAUAGUCUGAAAAUAUCUACAGUUCAGAUUACAGACCUUUUGGGAUUGGUGAAGACACCUACAAACACUGGCUUAUUUGCAUUCGAAGAAAAACUUCUUACCUGUCUGGCAAAAUCAUUGCAAUUUGAAUUUGAUGUUUUUCUGCAAGCUGAUGGACAAUGGGGAUCACUUGUAAAUGGAAGCUGGUCUGGUGUCAUAGGUACUGUUGAAAGAGGAGAGGCAGAUAUGGGCAUUGCAUACAUGGCUAUUACAGAGGAAAGAUCUCACGCUGUAGAUUUCAGCUUCCCAUAUGCAAUUAUGGAAAGAACCUUUUUAGUAAAAGAACCAGGACCGAUUCCGCAUCUGAUGGGUUACUUUUAUCCCUUUAGUAAAAGGGUAUGGAUUUUGUACAUUUUGCUAAUAUUUGCGUCGGCGUUUAUUUUCCAAAAGGUCAUCUUCAAGAAUGUCUCGUUUUUGGUCAGCUUCAUCGCAAUACUGGGUAGCGUCUUAACCCAAUCUAUUGAAGUUGUUCCCAGACUCUCCGACUGGAAAAGAGUAAUUUUGGGACUGUGGCUCACAAUUGCGGCCGUCAUGCCUUUUUUGUACAUGGUCAGUUUUCUGUCUUUCGUAACCAUGCCUGGUAAAAUGCCAGGUAUAAGGGAUUUCAGAGAUUUGUCAAAAGCAGUUUUGAACAAGAAUUAUAGAUGCCUGUCUCUGAAAGGUACUGCUGACGUGGAUUUGCUAUUAAAAAGUGAAAUGGAUUAUUUGAAGAUGCUGGGAGAAACCAUAAGGCAGCAUAACUGGAAAUAUGAAAUGAAUGAAGAUUUAAAUUAUCUGGUCGAUGAUACAACAGCUCUAAUUAUGUCUCGGCAAAUGACACAGUUAGUACUUGGAGGUAAUACGGAUUCCGAUAUCCAAGUUUCGGAAGAUUCCUUUGGUAUCUGGCAUGUUGCCAUUGCUAUAAGAAAAGGGUUUUGCUGCAAACAACAGGUGGAUAUACAAAUUAUUAGAAUAUUAAGAGCUGGAUUGUACAAAAAAUGGUUUGAUGAUCAGCAAGUGGUGGGCUACUGA